AAAUACAGGUGUGCCAAGUUUGUAGUGUCAUACCCAAGAAGACUCUGGACUGUAAUCACUGCCAAAUGUGCUUCAAGAAAGUACUGAGUAAAUGGUCUGAAUACUUUCUGGAUGCACUGUAUCUAGACAUUAGAUGUAGAAGCUCUGACAGUAAGUUAAGCAAUAAACAGCUCAAUUAAUAGGCCUCCUACACAGUAAUGUUUUAUUUUUUUAUGUACACAAAUUAAGCAAAUUUCACUUAAUAAUUAAUGCAACUUUAUUCCAUCAGUGGGUCAUAUGUGUCAUUUCAAUAGCUUCCUGUCAUGGAGUGGAGCCCUUGUCAAUUCCCUUUUGUCUCUUAUCACCCAGAAUUGCACUGCAUUGACAGGGUAUUCCAAUGGAGCACCUACAGCUGCCUCGGGCCAAGCAAGAAGAAGCUGUACCAGGCCAUAGCGGCAGGAAAGACCUCUGCCGAGGGGGAUCACUCAGAGGCCCAGUGCUGCUCAGAGGGAGAGCAGUUUCAGGAAAGACCUGCAGUGGAUGCUGUUCAACAAAUGUGGUCUGGUGGAUCUAUGGAUGGCAGGUCACCUACCACAGCCCCCUCAGUGUUUCCAUGGAGACCAUAGUCCAGACAGCGAUGGACAGGGGCUACACAGUACAGGGGGAGAUGUUCUCAGGUAAUGCUUUAGCCAUCUGUGCUGCAUACACUGAACAACAGCAGCGCUGUACUGUAUUAGUGAGGCUAGUGUGUGUGCUUUAUCCGGGGUUACAGCACCCUGGCUUCCCACCCUGUCUGCACUCAACUCUCCCAACUUGGUCCCCAGCUGCUGACUGGGCAUUCUGGGACCUCAAGCACCGCUUCACCACUGCUCCCAUAUUGGUUCAUCCUGAUCUGUCACGUCAGUUCAUGGUGGAGACCGAUGCUUCGGGAGUGGGGGCUGUCCUGUCCCAGGAUUUUGCCCUGGACCCCAAGUUACAUCCCUGUGGCUUCUCCCAUUGCCUAAAUGCCAGGAGAGGAACUACGAUGUGGGGAAUUGUGAGCUUCUCGCAGUGAAGAUGGUGUUGGAGGAGUGGAGACACUGGUUGGAGGGGGCGGAACAUCCGUUCAUUGUGUGGGCGGACCACAAGAACAUGCUGAGCGCUUGUUGGCUGUGUUUCCUUCACUCUGAGGUCAGGUGAUUGUAGAGACUAGGUCAUCUGAUGCAGCACUCCAUCACUUUCCUUCUUGGUCAAAUAGGCCUUACACAGGCUGCAGGUGU